AUGCAGAAAUUAAUAGGUUAUGCACUUGCAUUUGGAGCAGGUAUUGGUGCUGCGAAAUUCUUACAAUGGUCUCCAGUAGGAGGUCAACAUCAUCAUGGAGAACAAACACCUGGAUCAAAGAUGACAAUCAAAGGACAUAUUCUUGAUAUGGGUGCUCGCAUAGCCGUACGUGAACUCAAUCGUCAAUUGGUUGCUCAUCACUAUUGUUCACAUAUAAAUCAAGAUGUUCGUCAAUGUGUUAUUUAUGAUAGUGAUCGUGCGGAUGCACGUCUUAUUGGUGUUGAAUAUAUUAUUUCUGAAAAACUUUUUAAUGAAUUACCAGCCGAAGAAAAAAAACUAUGGCACUCACAUGUAUAUGAAGUUAAAAGUGGUGCAUUAAUUGCACCAGGUGUGCCAGAUAUAGCCGAAAAAGAAGUCAUGAAAGAAUUAAUAAAUACAUAUGGAAAAACUUUUCAUACAUGGCAAAUUGAUCGUGGAGAUCCUAUUCCUCUCGGUGUUCCACAAUUAAUGAUGGCAUUUGUAAAAGAUGGACAAAUAAAUGAAGAUUUAAUACAUCAACGAGAUGAAUAUUAUAAGCUUUCAACAGAAGGGAAGAAACGUCAACGGGAAGAUAUUAAAGCUCCAAACGAUACACAAGGAGCUGAUGCUUGGUCUAAAUCAGGCAAAGCCGUGCAAUUAACAACCACUGAAUCGAAAAUGAAAAUGACCAAAUAG